CUGGGAGCCGGAGMGUUCUGUGUGAGGAGCCGCGGCCCGGCCAGGCGCAGUGUCUCGCCAUGACCCGUGGAAAUCAGCGUGAACUUGCCCGCCAAAAGAACCUGAAGAAGACCCAGGAGAUCCACAAAGGGAAAAGGAAAGAGGAUAGCUUGUCUGCCUCUCAGAGGAAACAGAGAGACUCCGAAAUCAUGCAGCAGAAACAAAAAGCAGCUAAUGAAAGGAAGUCUCUGCAGGCAGGAGCAAAAUGAACUGUCCCUCUGGAGGAGACCUAAGGAGAGYGUGUCAAUGAAGCUGAAGGGCCGAGGAGAUCAGACGUUUAUAAAAAUGGCCAGCCAUUAAAUGGUUAAAUGUUUCUCUCAUACUUGCAGACUUGUUCAUUUUGCAUUUCUUUAGAGUAUUUUCAGGUUAGUGUAGGCUUAGUUAUCUGAAGUGUUAUUUCAGAACUGACUGUACUCUUCUGCAUGCAUAUAAGUAAUGGUACCAGGCAAUAGCUUAACUCCAGCUUUUUGUUGCAAUUGUUGGUUUCAUUUAAUGGUCCCAGUAAUAAUGGAUUUCUGAAACUGCAGUUAGACCAGAUUUUUUUUUGAUUUCUUAAAGAAGAAAUUAAUUCAGAAUGGAACAUACUUGUAAAAUGUGGUUAAAUUGAAAAGGUCUGAACUGUAAUUUUCAUCUUAAAUUAUUUUUACAAUAAAAUGUUGCAUGAAAUAUUGUUUAAUUGAAAUGGUUAUGGUUGAUACAUUAUUUCUUUAAGAAGUGAGAACAGUGAAUUAUGGAGAAAUACAACCUGGCAGUAUGAAGUCUGUGCUGUAGAAGAUGCUUAAUGUAGUUACAGUAUUCAUUGGUGUACUUCAGCAGACCAUGAAGCUAUUACUUUACUAAGAGAAGCUACAGGUUUUGAAGUUAAUAAACUGAAGAUGUUAACCGAUUGCAAACC